AGGGAGACGCGCGGCGCGGGAGGCGCCCGCACAGCCGCCGAGCCGGACGCGGGCGGCGACGGCCCCGAGCGGCCUCCGAUGCGGCGCAGCGUGAAGAGGCGGCGGCGCCGACCCCCGGCCGCCCGGGGCGGUGGCUUCGGGGCGGGAGGAGGGGCCGGGCUGGACGCGCGGGAGGAGAAGGUGGUGUACUCGCGCUCGCAACUGUCGCUGGCCGACAGCACCAAGGCGCUGGGCGACGCCUUCAAGCUGUUCAUGCCCCGCAGCACGGAGUUCAUGAGCUCGGACGCGGAGCUCUGGAGCUUCCUCUGCAGCCUCAAGCACCAGUUCUCCCCGCACAUCCUGCGCAGCAAGGACGUCUACGGCUACUCGUCCUGCCGGGCCCUGGUGCCCGACCCCCCGCCGCCGCCCGCCGCCCCCCCUUCUCCACGGCGCCCGGGCCCCCACGGAACGCCACGCGCCGCGCCUCUUCCCACGGCGUCCCCCGGCCGCGCCGCCGCCGCGGGCAGGAGGAGGCCCCGGCCGCGCCCUUCGUCCCCGCCGGCGCCCGGGGAGACCCGGCCGGACAAGCCCGCGACGCCCGCGCCCUGCUUCGGGGGCCGCACCCUGGAGGAGAUCUGGAGGGCGGCCACCCCGACGCUGACCACCUUCCCCACCAUCCGCGUUGGCGGCGACGUGUGGGGCGAGCGCAGCCUGGCGGCAGCGCGGCGCAGGGCGCGCCAAGUGCUGCGCGUGGACCUGGAGCCGGUGGUGAGGCUCCGCCGCUUCCCGGUGCCCCGGGCGUGAGGCGCGGCCGUGGGCGCCCCCUGCCGGCCGCGAGCCUGGGCGGAGCUUCCCCCGAGGAAGGGACAAGUGUCAGUCGAGUGUUUACAGAACCGGCUGGGACCGGGUCCCCCAGUGCACUUUAGCGCGGAGGAGCCCGACGCGUGGUCAGCGCAUCCGGGCCGCGGCCGCCUGCUGGCUCCGGGACAGGUGCGCCCUCCGCGCGCCCCGCACGCGCCGGACCGGGACACGGCUGGACCCGCGGGCCGCCCCUCGCUUCCGAACCCCGCUUGGAGACCUCUCCAGGACUGAAGGGGAAGAUCCGUUUCUCCCUUUGGACUCUACCUCACUGGUCUGGAAGUCCUCCGAAGAAGUCGUUCUUUUCCAAAGGAAUUUGUUUUCGUGCUUGUGUAAUAAAGCCAGAAUUCACUUGCUCUUUAUCCCCUCUCUCCCCUCUUCUUUUCCCCCCUUCCUGACUGCCACUCCUCUUUCCGGACAGAAGAUCGAACAUGUUUUGUGGUGUUGCACUAGCUUGUGCUCAGGGUAUUCUGAAUCCGACUCUUUUCCUAAUUUUUACUGGAUUCCAAAACUUUGACCAAGGAUGUUUUUCAAGAGGCUCAAGCUUACCACUGUUAGUACUGCCAGGAUUUGUAUGUUUUUUGAAUUUCAUGGGCUCAGUGAUUACAAAGAGAUGCAAAGUACAACUGUUGAAACAUUUAAAAAGUGUUCUGAAGAAUUUUAUAUGGAAUUUAAUGUUACAUUUACUGAGCUCUGAAAGAAAAUGGUAGAACGCUUAUAUAAAGUUUUGUUGAGGAAAAA